AUGCACACCGCCCCUUCCAUUCCUUUACCAUUCGAUGCAGUAGUAGCAAAAUAUGUGUUACUGCUCCCAUUACUGCUUUCUGUACUAUUAUCAAUAAUAUCACCAUCAUCCAUCCAUGCAUUACCACAGCAACAGCAGUCAUCAUCAUCAUCAUCAUCAUCAUCAUCAGCAACAGUCGCCUCCCUUUCUUCAUCCGACAGCAGUAACGAUGACCGUUACAUAGUCGUGCUCAAACCGGAUCUUCCACAAAUCAAUAUCACUAACCACAUCCAACGCAUUCAAAAGUUCCAUUCACCACUAACAACGAACUUGACCUCGUCUCUUGUCUCGUCAGCAACCAUUGCGCCGUCCACCAUUGGCGGAUUCCAAUGGUACUCGAGCCCAGUGCAAGAGGACGCCUUACGAGACGAUGACGCAGUGAGUUACUAUGUCAAAGACGUUCCCAUGUCGUUGCAAGAGCUCAUACAGUCGAAUCCACCCAGCUGGGGACUGGAUCGGAUCGACCAGCGAAAAGGCACAAAUGACCAAUUCAGGUUCCCUACAUCCCAGGGUCGUGGCGUCGUUAUCUACAUCCUUGACACCGGCGUCAGCGAUCAUGAAGACUUGGAAAAUCGGCUCACAUAUGGGCCUUCAUUUGUAGACGACGACAGUAGCGGAGAUCCGAAUGGACAUGGUACCUUUGUCGCAGGCGUAUGCUGUGGAACAGAAUACGGCGUUGCCAAACAAGCCAAUGUCAUUUCAGUCAAGACGCUCGACAGUGAAGGCAACGGUAUGCUGUCUGACUUGCUGAAAGGACUGGCCUAUGUCGUGGAACAGCACACGGCUCACAACAAUUCAAACUUAUCGUUAGGCGCCUUUUACAAUCAAGCAGCAAAUGAUGCCAUUGAAACUGCCAUCUCGUUAGGAAUCCACGUUACGAUCGCUGCGGGCAAUUAUGGUGAAGAUGCGUGCAAAUAUUCACCAGGCUCUACACCCGGUGCUAUCACUGUGGGUGCUACAGAUCCGGAUGAUUCCAUUGCGUCGUAUUCCAACUUUGGCAAAUGCGUUGACAUAUUUGCUCCUGGAACAGAUAUUGUAUCCAUAUGGAAUGAUGAGGACGAGCACACCCGGACAGGCACUUCCAUGGCUGCUCCUCAUGUAACCGGGGUGAUGGCGUUGUUUCUGUCGCAGAGCGAUUAUACGCCGAGCAAAUUGCAGCAACAUGUGAAACACGUCUCGAGCCAGAUCAGAAACGACUUUGAAAUCGAUGUGAUGGGCAACGGCAACAAGACUGUGGCCGACAAUUCAAUCAAUGAUGGCUAUCGCGUCAAAGGCUACAAUGGAUCCACUUUGGCCAAUCUGCUGUACAAUCACCCUGUGGAUGGUACUGCCACCUUUAUUUUCCGAACUGCAUCCAAAGCGAGCACUACCCUUACCAGUCGUCAUGCAUCACAGCCUCUCACAUUGCUCCCGCUACUCCUAGUCUCUUUCAUCGUCAUCAUCCCUCUAUAG